AAACAUUACAAAAAUCUCAGUUAUCCUAUUACAUAUCCCGUCCUCCCUUUCAACAAUAUUAAUUUGUAAGUAACGUAAAAUAACCUAUGAUAUUUUGUCUUUGUAUAUAUGCAUCUAUAUUUCCCCUUUUCUUAUCAUACAUUCAAAAUUCUUCCCUCUCACUUUUUCUCUUCCUCAAGCAAUUCCACUUGAAGUUCCUUUUUUUCCUAUUAUCAUCAACCAUCACUAUUUCUCUAUUUUUUCGAGGAAAAUGAAGCGUAAGACGAAUACAUUUUAUUUCGUCUUAUGCUUUUUUUGCAUAGUAGCAGAAGCUGGUACAAUCUUAGACACACCAUCAAUAUCUCCAACAACGUUAACACACUCGAUAGACCCGUCAAAUGUUCAAAUUAGCCCAACGUUAGCGGUAAUACUUGCUUGUCUUGUAUUAAUCCUAUUCGCCGGUGUCUUCAUAUAUAUGCGUCGUAUGAGCCCCGAUUCCUUCGAUCAUUCAUUAGGUUUUCAUUUUCUACGAAAUCGUUCUCCUAUCUCUCGAGGGCUCGAUCCUGAGAUCAUUAAAACAUUUCCAGUGUUCAUCUAUUCAGAUGUCAAAUCAUUAAAUUUAGGCAAAUCCAUCUUAGAAUGCGCGGUUUGUCUCAACGAAUUCGAAGAGGAAGAAACUCUCCGUCUCUUACCAAAUUGUCAUCAUGUUUUUCACCCCGAAUGUAUCGAUGCUUGGCUCGCCUUCCGAACCACUUGCCCCGUCUGCCGAACCAAUCUCAAAACCAAACCAAUCAACCAAACCAAUCCUCAACAUGUAAAUUCAGUUACUGACACUGUCAUUGAUAUCCACACGACAAGUCAUUGUGGACCCCAGGGUCCACGAGAGGUAAAUAAUGCAUCGCCUAAUAAUAUUUCGAAUUUUAGUAAUGCAAAAAGGAAAACUACUGAUUUUAUUAGCAUUGCAAGAAAAUCAUCAACACCUAGACGAACGAAUAUAUCGCGUAUGUUUAAUCGAUCACACUCAACGGGUCAUUCGUUGAUUCAACCGGGUCAAAAUUGCGAGAGGUUUACGCUAAAAUUACCGGAGGAUGCACGUAAAAGAUUGAUGGAGUUAAGCUUGAGUAGAGCUUAUAACAAUGGUGAAGUUUUAUCUCUAGAGAGGAGUUCAUCGAAAGGGUACCGGUUCGAACCGGGAAAUGGGCGGUUCAAGUUUUUAUCGACUCCGAAUUUGUUAUCGAAUAAACCCGGUUCGUCAAAGGAGGAGAAAAGUGAAAAAGAACCGAAGAAUCUGUUGAAGUCCGUUAAGUCGCCGUUAAGUUUGUUAUGUUUGACGGAAAAGGAGGAAACGGGAGAAAGAUCUUUUACUUAUUUAAGAUCUAAUCCUUCAAGUUAGAUAAAUUUACAUAUUUCUUUUUUAAUUUUUACAUAAAGAUUCUUUAUCAUAAAAAAAAAGUAAUAUAUUGUAUAUAGUGAUUGAUUGGAUAGUUAAUAGGAAAUUAUGGCGAAUAACAAAAAUAAAUAGAGGAAAACGAUUUUUUUGUUUUUAA